UGUCACAUUUUAGGUUUGAUUUUUGUCAUGUGUGUCAACAAAAUCCAGGGGUUGCUGUGAAAUGCAGACUGUCAAGUCCAGAAAAAACAAAAGAAAAUAUAGUUGGUGCUAGUUUAAACAUACCAUUAUAUGGUAAACAAAAUGAACUCCAGGAAUUCUUUAUCAUAUUUUAUGAAUACUCCACCUCCAACUAUUCGAGAGGAUUAUCCUGACAGAGGAAAUAAACCGGAAACAAAUGCAUCACAAAGUAAUUUCAACAGAUAUGCUUCCCACAAUAAUUUUGUACAGAAAGAUGACAAAUAUGGUUUAGGAUCUAAUCAAAUAGCUGAUAUUCCUGGUAGAUCCAGACCUUACAUUACAAACACUGCUACAAAUAAUUUAGCUUCAGGAUUGAGAGAUGAUAAUAAUAUAUCCCAGAACCAAAUGAAUGGAUACAGAUAUGAAAAUGACUUAAAAGCCACAAUUAGGCAAAGUAUAGAUACUGGGCAGUCAUAUGGUGCAUCUAGAGUAUCUAAUCCCAGUUCAAAUAUUGAUUUUAGUAGGCCCCCACCGAUGAGCCAAGUUCCAAAUCUACAACUUCACUCAAGGUCACAAGAAAGGUACCAGUCAUAUACUGGUAGGAUAGGAUCUUCAGAAGUGACAAACCAUCUAAGAAGGCCUCAAUCAUCAGCUUUCAGUUCAGGAUCUGCACAAGGCACUCAAAGAUCAUCACAGUACAGUAAUACAACAAGAACCUCAGAGGUCCAACAAAAUAAUGACACGGUACUGCUACCUCAUACAGUAACUAAUAGACUAGACAUAAAUAGUGGUGGGCCUUUUCUAAAGCCUCUGCCAGCUGCCAUGCCAGCUUCAAGACAACCCCCUAUACCCCCUGGCCCCCCACCAUCAUCUCCUCCGCCCCCACCCCCUCCAGGAGCUCCCCCUGAUACGGAAAAACAGCUGUUAACGUCACCCUAUGACGUCAGACGACAAGUACAGACGUCGCCAUAUGAAGCAAAUAUGCAGGCACACAUUUCUGCUCAUGAUUAUAAAGUGCAGCUGAUGACUAACCGUGGACCACCCCCAGAAGUGAAAAAACAGUUACAAACUCCGCCACCUGAUUUGAAGCAACAGAUGCAGACUCCACCCCCUCAAUUUGUCACCCCACCUGGAGCCACGUUUUACGCACCGACGCCACCUUUUUAUCUUGCCGUUGGAAGUUUUACGAAUGUUGCCGCAUUCAGCGUCCCACCGCCUCCAAUAGGCACUCCGCGGUCGGUACCAGGUACCAUCUUGCAAGGAUCCCCAUCCAACUCAUACUAUGCUCAAGGAAGCCUGUGUUCCAAUCCUCAAAACUCAUUUUAUAACUACCACAAGCGGUCCAGGGUAUCAGAUAGUCAAGAUCCAGACUUACGCAGGGGGAGUAAAAAGAAAAAGAAAUCUCUCGCUCAGAUUUUGCCACAGAGAAGAGGAUGGUCGAUGGAAGAUGCCAAGAAAGCGAUAGAAAUCGAAAGGGAAUGCAACAGAAAAGCGCGAAGGUUCUCUUUAUUCAUAAAGUUCCCAGAUGCGGAGUUAAACAGGGAAAUUGUAAGCAGUUUCCAUAGCGCCAUUGAAAGUGUACAUUUCCAACAGCCGUCCACGCCAAGAUUUUGCUUCGUUAAUAUUUCUAGCUCUGCAGACCCUGAAGCAGUAAGACAAGAAUUGAACAAAGUCCAAUUUGGUGGCGGAUAUCUGACGGCGGAGUUCAAAAAAGACCGUGAAGAAGAUGUUAAUGUUAGUCCCGAAAACAUGGAUCCAACAACGUUAUAUGUGGGUAACUUGGCGCAAGAAGUCACGAAAGAUGAUAUGUUGCGGAUGUAUCCCAAAAAUAAAAGAAUUGAUAUAGGAUAUGCCAAAAGGAUAAAAUUCACAAGAUAUGCCUUUGUUGUAUUUAACACUGCAGCAGACGCUAUGGAAGCAUAUAAAAAGACUCAUGAUAGGCAAAUGUACAACAAAAGUUUGAUUGUCAGGUUUAGAAGGUUGAACGGUAAUAUAGGAAUGUUAGGAGAACCAAAAGUCCAAUCUAAAGCUGGAACUGAGCAAAGUCAAUCUAAGGACAGUGAAACAAGCGAAAUGCCUUCAGAAGAAAAUGAUACAGCUGAUCAUUAUCCUUGGGAUAUUGACGUUUCCUCGUGGGAAUUAAAAUAUAACGAAAGGUGUUAUCUGGACGAGGAUGAUGACUGUGAUGAUGUUUCACUGGAUGUUAAACCGUCUUUGGAAGAAUUAGAAAGGGAUUUCCAGCCCCCAAUGCAACACAUCCAAACUCGUCUCUUGUCAGGACCUCUUGACAUGGAUGAUUUGCCUAGGCCAAUAAUAGAAACCAAAAAAGAAGGAGAUACUGAAGUGGGUGCGGAAGUACAUAGAAAUAGUAACAGUCAACAACAACCAUCUGCUACACUGCCUCUGGCGGAGCUGAGCGACAGUGAAGAUACAUCAAGAAAUAGUGAAGCUACUGUUUCAGAUUUAAAUAACACCGUAACAGUAAAGGCAGAAGUUAAAACUGAAAUAUGUGGAAAUGAUAUAGCGGCAAGAUCUACUUAUCGUCAACUCAUGUUGACACGAAGGCGGAAAAACAUAACAGUGGAAGUAAAACAAGAACAGAGUGAUUCAGUGGAAAGUGAAACUGGAAAGAAUGAAUCUGUGAAGGAGUAUCAACAAGAAAAUGGAAGGUUGAGUCAAGUACAGUCACAAAAUGAAAGCAGUGAAAGUAAGAUAAGGUUUCCCGACAAGAAUGAUCGCCAGGCACUUUUAGAAACACCUAGUGCUACUACUGAUGAUAAACGUCCUUCAGAAAGUGAAAGUAGUCGGGAAGUUUGUGGAGAGAUACAAAGGGAUAUCGAAGAACAAAUACCAGAUCUCACUUCUAAGAGAUAUACUUCAACGUUGAGGCAAAUCGACAAAAAUAUUAAUAUUGCUCCAGAGGUGGAGCAAGGAAAUGAAAAUGAUGAUGUUGGUGAUAUGCUUGGAAGCUCCUAUACAGUGGAUAGGAAUAUAUCUACGGAAAUGCGCAUGCAAACUGUCAUCAUUGACCAGCCCUCAGAAGAAGAAAACUUGCGACCUGCUUCUAGAGAAGAAAACUUGCCAGGCAUGGUUCAUAGUUCUCAAAAAGGUAGUACUGAAUGUUCGAACACAGUGUUGAAACCUGAUAAUGGGAUGGUAGUCAGUGUCUCCGAAAAUGAAGCAAAUAAGCAAAUGAAUGAUGAUUCCAGUUUUGAUGUGGACCUUGACAUACUGGACAACAUCAAGAGAGAAACAAGGGCGGCAGAUGACUUUGAUGAUGAUGCUGAUUUUAAUGAGGACAACAACGAUGAUGAUGAGUUUUUAAGAUUUCUGAAGCAUCGAAAGCCUUGGACGUGAAGAUAUUUUAAAUGUAAUUAUUUGUGUAAUUUUAAUUUCUAUGCAAGUGUAUACAUAUAUGUAUUAUAAUAUAUAGUUUCGCUAUAAAAUAAGUACAAAUAAUUUUCCUAUAAAAGCAUGUUUUCUGGAC